CUUAGUUUAAAAAGUCAAAAUCCCAACUUUUUACCGACUUGUUUGUUGCCCUAUCCGAGCUCUUCACGGCGCUCUAAAUCCCAGCAGCAGCAGCAGCUUCACCAAAAAAGCUCCGCCAAAACCCUAGAACAAUCGUCAUGGCCCCGAAGAAGGAAAAGGCUCCGCCGUCGUCGAAGCCCGCGAAAUCUGGCGGAGGAAAGCAGAAAAAGAAGAAAUGGAGUAAAGGCAAGCAAAAGGAGAAGGUAAACAACAUGGUCCUUUUUGACAAGGCAACAUAUGAUAAGCUUCUUUCAGAAGCUUCAAAGUACAAGCUUGUCACUCCAUCGAUCCUGUCUGACAGAUUGAGGAUUAAUGGAUCCCUAGCACGCAAGGCAAUCAAGGAUUUGAUGGCAAGAGGAUCCAUUAGGAUGGUGUCUGCUCAUGCAAGCCAGCAGAUCUACACUAGGGCCACUAAUACUCAGUAGACAGGAUUUUCUCACUUUCCCUAGUAUCAAAGGAAACCUAUGAUUAUUUUUUCUUAAUUUUUGUUUGGCAAUUAAACCUCGUUGGAUUUCUACAUUUUUGACUUCAUCAACUGAAAUGCUAUGCUUCCUUUAUGAAUCUAUAAGUAUUUGCUUUA